ACCACACGUUUCGUUAGGUGGCGAUGUUUACCUAUUUUAACAGGUCCGCCACCUACAUAUCAACAGAAGAAAAAGAAGAUGCAGGAUGAUGGCCCCUGACAGCAGUGAUGGCGUUACUUCGUGUGCUUGUAAAGGUAUCCGGCGGUGUCUCAAGUGUGAAAAGUUAAGGGGAAAAGCACAACUGGAGGCGAAUGAACCAAAGAUUGUGCAUCGUUUACUCUACGAUCCUGAGACAGGGCUUGCCAUUCACAAAGAUGCCGAGGCUACGUCCUUCCCCUUUCCUGGUGUCUUCCUGCGGGAGAACUUCAUAUCAGAAGAGGAGGAGAAAAACCUGAUAAGCACGAUGGAUCAAGAUGUGUGGAAUGAAUCCCAGUCUGGUCGAAGGAAACAGGACUUUGGUCCAAAAGUUAACUUCAAGAAAAGGAAAGUGCGUAUAGGUGGCUUCAGUGGACUGCCUGCUUUGAGCCAAAAACUAGUGCUCCGAAUGCAGCAAGAGCCAAGUCUAGGAGGCUUUCAACCAGUGGAGCAGUGCAACCUGGAUUACCAUCCUCAGCGAGGCUCCGCCAUCGAUCCACACCUAGACGACUCCUGGCUGUGGGGGGAACGCCUGGUCACCGUCAACAUGUUAUCGGACACUACACUCACCAUGUCCCUCGAACAGGGUCUGCCAGAUUUGGGACUAGCAGGGGAAGUCCAUGUAGCUGUGCAUCUUCCUCGCAGAUCUUUAGUAGUGUUAUAUGGCGAGGCGCGGCACAGAUGGAAACAUGCCAUUCAUAGGGACGAUGUUCAGGAGCGCAGAGUUUGCAGCACCUACAGAGAGCUGUCUGCAGAGUUUCUACCUGGAGGGCAGCAUGCAGAGCUGGGAACUCAGCUGUUGAACAUUUCUUUGAGCUUCCAAGGAACGCCAAUAUAGGCUCAUCUGAUGAUGAUGAUGAUGAUGAUGAUGCAGAGGAAGGCUGUACUACCAGAGGUGGGGGUCCAGACUCCUGACUUGAUAGAUUAAAUUUGAAACUCAUUUCUAUCAAAUGGAAUUCUAUGAAUGUAGUCUUUACAUGAUGUUUCUAUGAGUUUCAGACCUACUGUCUUUCACAAAUGCAGUUUUUAUUGUUGUUGCUGCAUUGUUAGUCACAUAAAGAUACUACCAUAACAUAAUGUCUACCAGUGUUAAAGUGAGUGUCUGAACAGCUUUUAUGUGAUUAUUAAUGGUUGCUAACUACAGGUCUGAGACCCUGUUUAUCCUCAUAAAUUUGGGAACUGGACAAAUGGGCUCAAGCUGUUUUUAGAAACCGCACAGUAUGUUCUGCAAAUCUCAAUUUUUUUCUCAAUUCUUGUCUUUAUAAUAAAAAGAAAAACAUUUUCUUCCAUA